CUUUUUUGGCGAAUAAAUUUAUUGAUUAAGAGCCCAUUAAGAAAACUUUGGCUCGAAAAUUAAGAAUGAAUUUGAGGAUGAAUUUAAAACUAAACUCCUGGUCAGUUUUUUUUUAGAAGAAAAUGCGUAUUACAAUUUCAAAAAGAUUCACAAGACAGCCAUGACAACAUGAGCAUGGACGUUAUAAUGUUUCUUAUUAAGACGAAAUACAAACAUACAAACAAACAAACAAACAAACAAACAAACAAACAAACAAACAAACAAACAAACAAACAAACAAAGAAAGAGAGGAAAACAAUGUGAAUUAUUAAUAUUUCAAGUAAAAACUAUAAAAAAUCGAGAGAAAAUUCAUAAAAAAAUAAAAAGGAAAAACUUAAUAAAAAAUUACUCCACACAGCCGUAUUGUAGUGCAAUAACAGAUGUUUUCAAAAACUAACUUUGCAACAAAAUAAAAUAUUUAUAGCUACAGCAAAAAGUUUAUUAAGAUGAAGAAAAAAAUAAAAAAAGGAGGAAGAAGAAGAUAAUAGGGAAAAAAGAAGAAAGCAAGAGAGGAGAAUUAAAAGUUUCUAAAAUCUUAAAAGAAAUAAAUCAGCGCAAUGAAAGAUGUGGAAAAGAAAAACACAAACCCGUCCACAUACACAUACACUGGUGAACGAAAUACAAAAGGGGAAAGACAUGGUCAGGGUCGAGCAGUUCUAGACAAUGGAGACAUAUACGUUGGUGAAUACAAACACGGCGUGAGACAUGGAUAUGGUGAAUACUGGUUCUUUCAACAAAAUGGAGCCAAAUAUGCUGGUUGUUAUAGCAAUAAUAAAAAGAACGGCGAAGGCACUUUUCUUUAUCCAGACAAAUCGAGAUACGAAGGUGAAUGGAAGAACGACAAACGACAUGGUCGUGGUACAUAUCGCUAUACGAACGGAGAUGUAUAUAUUGGUGAGUGGUCUGCUGAUAUGAGACAUGGGAAAGGUGAAUACCAUUACGUUGAUGAAGACAUGGUCUACACUGGCAUGUGGAGACAUGGAAGGCGAUCAGGUGAAGGGAAACUCAUGUUUAAUGAUAAUUACUUCGAAGGACAUUUCCGCCAUGAUAAAAUGUUAGGUCCAGGCAAGUACGUGUUCAAAGAUGGCAGACAACAAUAUGGCGAAUACGUUAUUGAACAUAACAGAAAUAAUACAUCAAACGGAGAGUUCGUCACAGAAUGGAGAGGUAAAAACAUCCAAGGUUAUGUUUAACCUUUCUAAAUUAAAGUUUUAACAAUGGUGUAAUUUUAAUCAGGAAAGGUUGACCACGGAUAUAAGUUGCAUACAAAGCAAGUGAAAAUAUGUGACGUUUUGGAAUCACUUUGUAAUUUAUUAGAGAGCAGUUAAUAUCUAACUUGUUAUAUAGAUGAGAGAUAUUCAAAAAGAAUUUAUCUAAAGCUGUAAAUAUAUUACUAUUAUAAGAAUUUAAAAUAUUUGAGCUACACAGCGAGAAUGUAGUAUUUAAAACCACUACAUAAUUAUUUUCUUAUUAACACAUUCCAAAUAUGUUUGGUUUCUACAUUUUCUUCUUAGUCGUUGUCAUGCAGACAAAAAAUAAACUCUUUCGUGUAUUUUUAACACGAAGUCAAUUCUGAUGCAGGUGUAAACAAAGAUCCAACCGACACAAAACUAGGCAGGUGCCGUGGCUGGCGAUGAAAGACUUGUGGUUUGCUGUGGUUUUCUAUUUCAUGGUGGUUUUCUAAUCUAAGUGUAGCUUAUACCUUGACUUAUUGAUUUAUGUUUCGCGCUGUCAAGCUAUACUAUUCUAUCCCACUCAGCCUUAUUAAGCCUUACUCAGCCUUAAUGUUUCAAAC